AUGAAUGCAGAUACAUUGAACCUGAACGAUGAUGACUAUUUGAGUAUUGAAGACAUGAUGGCUGAGAAUGAAGAUGAGCAGAAUGCACAAGUUGAUUAUGUAACGAGUGCUGCUCAGACUAGAGGUAACAAACGUAGGCACUCGAUAUGUUGGAAGAACUUUACUAUUAUAGGAGAUAAGUUGCCUGAUGGUAGUCAUAACGUUAAGUGCAAUCAUUGCAAUCAUCUCUACAACUUAGAUCUAGGUAGGAAUGGAACUAGUACUAUGCUUAGGCAUUCGAAACGGUGUUCAAAGACUCCUGGAUGUACACCUGGUAGUAAUAGGAAGCUGAAUAUGAUGGUCUUCUGUGAAAUGAUGGCUAUUGCUAUAGUAGAGCAUAAUCUGCCUUGCACAUUUAUCGAAAUUGAAGUUCCUCGUAGGAUCAGCUUCACUACUGAUCUUUGGAGAGCAAUCACGGUAGAGGGUUAUUUGUGUCUGACAGCUCACUAUCUUAACGCAAACUGGAAGCUACACGCGAAGAUUGUAUCAUUUUGUGUGUUUCCUCCUCACACUGGUGCAAGCAUUGCUAUGAAGUUAAUGGAGAUAUUGAAAGAGUGGGGCUUAGAUAAGAAGGUAUUUACUGUAACGAUGGACAACGCUACUUCAAAUGAUAAUAUGCAAGGGUUUCUAAAGAGACAGCUUCGCAAGGAUUUGGUAUGUAAUGGUGAAUUUCUGCAUAUAAGAUGCGCGUCACACAUCUUGAACCUGAUUGUUCAAGAUGGCUUGUCAGUGAUUGGUGAAACUCUAGAGAAGAUUAGGGACAGUGUGAAAUUUGUAAAAGGUUCAGAGUCCAGGGAAAAGAUGUUUGAAGCUUGUGUGGAAACCGUUGGGAUUCAGAAUAAGAAUAAUGUUGGUAUUAUUUUGGAUGUGACAACGAGGUGGAACUCGACAUUCUUGAUGUUGUCUAGAGCUAUUGAGUUUAAGGAUGCAUUGCGUAAUCUCUCUGAAGUUGAGCCAAGCUACACGUGUUUUCCUUCAUAUUUGGAAUGGUCAAGAGGAGCACUCAUCAUUUUGGAUCCAAGGUUGAAGUUCAAGUGCUUAGGGUACUGUUAUACCACUCUAAACCCGUCAACAAGGAAGGCUAACAUGGAUCAUAUUCGUAAAAAGAUGGAGAAGUUGUCUGGAGUGUAUAAGAAGAGUACUAGGACUACUACUACAACCACUUCAGAAACCACAUUGGAGAGUAGUAUACCAGCUGGUUAUGGGGGGUUUUUUUAUGCAUUCAUUACUCAAAAUGCAAGAGAAGAGAAAUCAUCUUUAGAUGUGUACUUGGCUGAAACGGCCAUGGAUAUGUUUGCUUUUCCGAAACUAGAUGUCUUGGAAUAUUGGAAAAAUAAUAAAGCUCGGUUUAAGGAGUUGUCUCGUAUGGAGUGUGAUGUUCUUUGUAUCCCAUUACAAUUGUAUUUUCAGAGUCGUAUUUUAGUGUUGGAAACCGGGUCCUUACCAAGUACAGAAGCCGACUACUACCAUCCAAUGUACAAGCUCUCAUAUGUAUAA